UUGGGCUGCGUCCCGCCCUCCGGCCUUUAUUGGAACCCUCAGCUACCCGCGCAAAACGCUUGUUUGACAACCGAUGUGUCAUUUAGUGGAACUACAUCACAUGUCAGUGACUCUGCAGAAGAUCGAGAAAGCCGAAAAAAGAGGGGACGCAGUGAUCAAUGUGGUGGAACAGGAAACAAAGCAUGUCGUGAGAGAAUGAGGAGAGAAAAAUUGAACGACAGGUUUGCAGAAUUGUCUGCUACUCUAGAACCCGGGAGACCUGCGAAAACUGACAAACUGGCCAUACUAGGUGAUGCCAUCAGAGUUCUAAAUCAGCUAAAAACUGAAUCGGAGGAGUAUAAAGAGAUGAACGAGAAGCUUUCAGAAGAGAUAAAAACUUUGAAGGCUGAGAAAAGCGAACUUUGUGAAGAGAAGCUGGUGCUCAAGACAGAUAAAGAGAGGAUGGAGCAGCAACUGAAAAGUAUGUCUGUUCCUCCUACUGGUUUCUUGCCUGCACAUCCACCGGUAUACCCGGCUGCCCCGAACAAGAUGCCUAUGUUCCCCGGCUACAGUCUCGUCCCAAUGUGGCAGUAUCUACCAGCAUCUGCUCGUGAUACAUCUCAAGAUCAUGAGCUCAGGCCGCCUGCUGCUUAACUUUCGCAUGCGUUGGUGGCCUUAUAAGCUUGAUCACACAGUUGAAAAUUGUUCUGCAUGACAUGCUUGUAAAUAUUGAAAUACCUACCAAUUGAUUUUAUCUUGGUUUUAGAUCUGUUCAAAUGCUGUUUUGAACAGAUGUAGAGUACUGAAUAAGUUGAAAGAUUUUGAUGUUCUGCUAA